UUUUGCUAAUUAGGAGUUAUAAAUGCUGUUAAAUGGGCAUAUUUAAGGAAAUAAACACAUAUUGUUGAAAAACUAAAUUACCUACCAAACAGCCGCCUACGAAUAUGUGAACGAAAACAAAUUGUUUUAUUUUAAGAUGGUACGCAUCCGGAAUAAACGGCCUUAGACCGUUGUUAUCGUCGAUUAAAUCGGACAAUUCCUUUAAUUUCCAAUAAUUUAGUUAUUUUUAAAAUUGUAUCAAAAUAUGAACUGCAGUUAUCGAAUUCGUCGUAUUUACGUAAGACACGGCGUUAUCGCCGUACGUAAAGACCUAUGAUUUUAUUUUGGUUUUCUGCGUUCUGCACUUCUGCCGUCAUUUGCGUGUUGCGUGUGCGUUUGAUCGUGAACUAUCGUAUUUAUCGUGUUUAAAAAUGCCCAAAGUUAAACAAAAUUUGUCAUAUCGGCUCCAAACCUAUGUUAAUUUAUAUGGUCCUAAUAUUUUUUCAAUUGAUAAAAGUGUAUUAUUUUGUAAAAUUUGUGAAAUCAAAGUUAAUUCUGACAAAAAGUUUAACGUAUCACAACAUAUAAAAAGUGACAAACAUAUCAAAGGCCUUGCCCGAUAUGAAUAUCAAAUAAAUCGGAAACAACAACAGUUAUUGACAGCGACAAGUAAUAUAAGUAAAAAAUCGUCAUUUAACAAAGAUUUGUGUGAGGCUUUUAUUUCUGCUAACAUUCCUUUGAACAAGUUAGAAAACCCAAAAUUCAAAACAUUUUUGGAAGUAUAUACAAAAAAUGAUAUUCCGAGUGAAUCCACGUUGCGAAAAGGAUAUGUGGAUGAUAUUUACAAUGAGACCAUGGAUAAAAUUAGGAAAAUAAUUUCUGACAAAAAAAUUUGGGUCAGUAUCGAUGAGACCACUGAUGUACAGGGUCGUUACAUUGCAAAUGUAAUAGUAGGCACUCUUGAGGAAAAUAAUGCAGGCAAUAUUUUUUUACUUAAUUCGGAGGAACUAGAAAAAGCUAACCACUCCACAAUCAGCAAACUUUUUGAUAGAUCAAUGAGCAUAUUAUGGCCGACUGGUAUCCAACAUGACAAUGUACUUUUAUUUUUAUCCGAUGCUGCACCUUACAUGGUUAAAUCAGGAGAAGCACUAAAAAGCCUUUACUCAAAAAUGAUUCAUGUAACAUGUGUUGUGCAUGGACUGCACAGAGUCGCAGAAGAAGUUAGAAGUCAAUUUCACGUAGUAGAUAAAGUUAUUUCAAGUGUAAAAAAAAUCUUUAGAAAAGCCCCAAGUCGUUUACUUGUAUUUAAAUCGGAAGCGCCAAACUUACCCUUACCUCCGGAGCCAAUUAUCACACGUUGGGGAAGUUGGAUUAACGCAGCAAUUUAUUAUUGCGAGAAUUUCGAGAUAAUCCACCGUGUUAUUUUUAUGCUAGACAGAAACGAUGCAGUUAGUAUUAAAGAUGCUCAAGAUAACAUCAUAAAACCUGGAUUGAAAAACAACUUAACGUAUAUUAAGUCGAACUUUGCCAAAUUAAUUUUGGCUAUUGAACAAUUACAACAGCAACAUAUACCUUUAUCGGAUUCACUAAAAAUAGUUCAAGAUAUUCAAAAAUCAUUUGAAACAUUAAGUGGUUCAAGUGGAAAAUCUGUUCAAAAUAAAUUUAAUCAGGUACAGGAAAAAAAUCGUGGUCUCUCGGCGUUGGUAAAAAUAUCACAAGUUCUAACGGGUGAAGAGACAUUCCGAAAUUUAGAUGGUCUUCCUGAAGACUUAAAUUGUAACGACUUAACAUUUUUUAAGUACGCACCCCUGACGUCUGUUGAUGUAGAGCGGUCAUUCUCGGCAUACAAAACUCUACUAUCAAAUAAUCGUAGAUCAUUCAAAUUUGAAAAUAUAAGAAAACAUCUUAUUAUUCAGUGCAAUUUUUAAGAAAAUGUUCCAGAGCCGGAAAAGUGCCUACUUC